AAUGUUGAACUUGAAACAAGACAAUGAGAGAUUGCAAAAAAUUGUAACAAAUCAAUCCCUUCAGUCUAGUUGUAGUUCUCUACAGUCUCCACCAGUAUCAAAUCACACUCAAAGUGAUGAAGGGACAGAAGCGUUAUUGCCCUCAUUAGAUUCAGAUGCUAUGUUGGUCCAACUUAACGUGUUCCUUGGUAGUCAUGGUAGUUAUAACAAAUAUAAAGAAAAUAAGACUAAAACAUGCAUAAUAUCUGCAUUACCUAUUUCACCAAAAUCAAAAUGGGAUAUGGUUGACCACCUUGUUGUUAAAGGAUUCAAAGAUUAUGUGGAACGAAUUGAUCCAAUGACCAAAUUGGGACUUUGUGUUGACUCAAUAUGGAGCUACCACAUCGAUGAUAUAAUACGAUAUAUAUCAAAUACAAAAGAAUAUAAGCCUCCUGAUAAGUCCCCUUAUGAAUGUAUGAUGAAUGGUUCAAAUAUUUCUAUUUGUCUCAAAGGUGCCAUGCAUUCGGGAAGUUUAGACGCUUUAGCGUUCGAUACUCUCAUACCAAAAAGUAUUCUCCAAAGGUAUGUUUCUUUAUUAAGUGAACAUCAUAGAAUAAUWUUAUGUGGACCUAGCGGUACUGGCAAGUCUUAUUUAUCGAAUAAACUUUCCGAGUUCCUAGUUAUGAAAAUGGGAAAAGAAUGUAAUUCUUCAACUAUUGUUACAUUCAGCGUUGAUGAGAAAAAUAAUAAAGAUUUACAACAAUAUCUGUCCAAAAUAUCUGAUCAAGCUGAUAGUGACUCUUCCCAAAUUCCAUGUGUUGUGAUCUUAGACAAUUUACAUAAAGCGUUGUCUUUACCAGAUGUGUUCAAUGGUUUUCAAAGUCCAAAAUGUCCAUAUAUAAUAGGAACUAUUAAUCAGUCAACAUGUUCAACAACUAGUCUUCAAUUACAUCACAACUUYAGAUGGGUCCUUUGUGCCAACCACAUGGAACCAAUGAAAGGAUUCCUUGGUCGUCAUUUGAGGCGUAAACUUGUAGAACAUGAAUGUCGAAUUGGACAAAGAAACGCGCAGCUAAAACGAAUUGUGGAAUGGAUCCCKGAAGUCAGAAAUCAUUUGAAUCAAUUGCUUGAGAUUCAUAGUUCGUCUGAAGUUACAUUAGGACCUAUUUUGUUUGUUUCGUGUCCAAUGGAUUUAGAAACAUCUCAAAUGUGGUUUUCAGAUUUAUGGAACUAUUCUUUGGUUCCAUAUGUAAUGGACAUAGUUCGUGAAGGCAUUAGAUUGUACGGAAAAAGAGCAGCGUGGAAAGAUCCAGCUUCAUUUGUCAUUCAGUCAUAUCCUUGGUCUAAUGCAGUGCAUAAAACCAUAGAAUCAUUCAUUAGAAUACGACCAGAAGAUGUUGGCUAUGACAUAGAACAGGAUAAUGACCCAUUGGUAUAGUUGAAUUAAUUAUCUGUG